GCCAAAACGAGCGCAAGCAUGUUCUGCCCCUUUAAGUCUUUCGGGCGACACAUGAUUGCUUCUUAACCAAUCAUCGUUAAUCCAUUAUCAAUCAGCGACUGCGCAGGUUAAUUGCGUCGAUAUACGGCGCCGUAGAGUGGCCGAGAAGUCCUAUAGUGUGGCUUGGUUUGUAAGUGUUCGACAAGCUGGAGGGAAUUAUUGGAAACAUGAUCGAACAAAACAAGCGGAAGGGAAUGGAACUGGUGCCGGUACAGGCGAAAAAGCCAAGGAAUGAGUUGGUGGUUUCGGGUCCCCCAAGAUCGUCCAGUAUUCAAGCUCCAAUCAUGCUGCUUUCUGGUCAUGAAGGAGAAGUGUAUUGCUGCAAAUUUCAUCCCAAUGGUGUAACACUGUCUUCUGCAGGAUUUGACAGACUAAUCCUGCUAUGGAAUGUAUAUGGUGACUGUGACAAUUAUGCAACUUUAAAAGGACACAGUGGAGCAGUGAUGGAGCUUCAUUACAAUACAGAUGGGAGUCUGCUAUUCUCUGCAUCAACUGAUAAAACUGUUGCUAUUUGGGACUGUCAAACAGGAGAGAGGGUAAAGCGGUUAAAGGGACAUACAUCAUAUGUGAAUUCAUGUUACCCAGCAAGGAGGGGACCUCAACUUAUAUGCACCGGGAGUGAUGAUGGCACAGUGAAGCUAUGGGACUUCAGGAAAAAGGCUGCAGUACAGACCUUCCAGAAUACAUAUCAGGUACUGUCUGUCACAUUCAAUGACACCAGUGACCAGAUCAUCUCAGGAGGCAUUGACAAUGACAUCAAGGUAUGGGACUUGAGACAGAACAAGCUUAUGUAUACAAUGAGAGGUCAUGGUGACUCUGUGACAGGGCUUAGCCUCAGUUCUGAGGGCUCCUAUCUUCUGUCCAAUGCUAUGGACAACACAGUACGUGUUUGGGAUGUCCGCCCUUUUGCUCCAAAAGAGAGGUGUGUGAAGAUAUUUCAAGGAAAUGUGCACAAUUUUGAAAAGAACCUGUUACGUUGCUCUUGGUCUGCUGAUGGAAGCAAAAUAGCCGCAGGCUCAGCAGACAGAUUUGUUUAUGUUUGGGAUACUACAUCACGCCGGAUCCUUUACAAACUUCCUGGGCAUGCUGGGUCUGUCAAUGAGGUGGCUUUUCACCCUGAGGAGUCCAUUAUUCUCUCUGCCUCCAAUGACAAGAGAUUGUAUAUGGGGGAGAUCCAGUGAUUCACCCAGUGCACACAGACCAUGAAAAGCCCAAUAAACCCCUUGGUUAUCAGACACAUACAACAGUGUGUCUGCUCUGUUUUAAUGGAAUUUUCUUUGUAUGGCAUGGACUUCUAGCAGGCUUGCCUAAGACCUUGGUAUUCCUGUAAUAACAUGACCUUUACAAAGGCUUUGUUUUGGAUGUUUUUUCUCUCAGGGCAUCAAAAACUAAUAGACACCCCAGCCACACCAGUAUAUUCACUGGCUUGAUAUGGACUCUGUAAUACUGGGUUUGUAAAUCAUGUUUAUUUUAUAUGAUAAACUGUUUUUAUUAGAAUUUGUUGUUUAACUCUAUUAAGUAUGUUUUACCAUUUCUGAUAAAUGUGGUCUCCUAUGUUUGAAAAGUGUUAUUGGGUUAAUAGAUUUUUUUUUUUAGUGAUAAACAGUUGAUCGAGUAAGUUUUUAGUUCAUCUUGCAAUAAUGCAAUAAAUGUAUCCCUUUAUUAAAA